UCAAAGGCCGGCCAUAAAACUAGAUUUGCAUCACAAUAUGGAUUUACGGUUUUCUCUCAUCUUAUUAAUAAUCGCAGCGAGUUUUGCAGAGAACUGUGCAACGAAAGGUGGUAUCAAUGAGAUUAUCAACAACAAAAAGUUGAAGAAUCGUUCGUUCUUGGGUCUUGUAGUUCCAAAUUCAUUCGAAUUGGGUCCUCUUCUUCAAUCUUCAAGCUUUGUUGCUGAUCCAUCUGUGCCAUACUUGGAUUUUUCAGGAAGAAGAUUUCGUUUCGGAAAAGUGGAGAACAAAAAUGUUGUUAUGGUCAUGACGGGAUUGGGUAUGUUAAAUGCAGGUAUAGCGACGGAAUUGCUACUAAGUCUGUUCAAGGUGGAAUCAGUGUUGCAUUUUGGAAUUGCAGGAAAUGCAGAUCCUAAACUCCAUGUCGGAGACGUUGUUAUUCCUCAGUAUUGGUCUCAUACUGGCCUUUGGAACUGGCAGCGAUUCGGAGAUGGCCCUAAUGAUGAACUAGCACUGGAGUCUAACGGGGACUACACUAGAAAAUUUGGUUACCUUAAAUUCUCUGAUUACAAAACUCAAAAGAAUACAAAGGCCAAGAAGUCCACCGCGUCUGACAACCUUUUGAACAAUGUUUGGUACCAACCGGAGGAAAUCUUUCCCGUAGAUGGGACUCCUGAAGUUCGACAGCACGCCUUUUGGGUUCCUGUGGAUGGAAAAUAUUACGAAUUAGCGAAGAAGCUCGAGGGCAUGAAGUUGGAGGGGUGCGUAAACUCGACCUGUUUGCAUAGGCCACCACAGGUUGUUAGAGUAGCUAGAGGAUGUAGUGCAGACAUAUUUGUCGAUAAUGCAGCAUAUAGAGAAUUCCUACAUUCAAAAUUCAAUGUUACACCUCUUGACAUGGAAUCUGCCGCAGUUGCCUUAGUUUGUUUGCAACAUAAGACUCCUUUCAUUACAAUUAGAGCUUUAUCUGAUUUGGCUGGUGGUGGUUCUGCUGAAUCCAAUGAAGCUGAUGUUUUUGCCUCUCUUGCAGCUGAAAAUGCUGUCGAAGUUCUGGUUAAAUUCAUAACCUUAUUGCCUUAAAUUUAAUCAUGUGUAGUUGCAAAUGUAAUGUAACUUUUAUUUUUCUGCAAUUUUCAUUUUGUUCUUCUAAUAAUGUAAUAUGACGUAUUUCGUGAUUCAGAAAAUACGAAAUAUCAUUCGAUUUCCAUAGGCCCUUCGUUAAUUUUCAA